UUUUUGUUUACAGAGGACGCUCGUCAAAUUUAGACUUAUUUCAUGAACGAGGAUACAAUUUAGUGGAAAUAUAUGGCCAUAUAACGUUUAUGGAACGUUGAAAUUUUCAUUAAGCUUGCAAGUGCAAGAAUGAGAAGUACCGCAGCGUGAAGAUAUUUGAGCGAUGAUAGUGCAUAUAAGAGAUCUGUUCAUCAUGUUCAUUGAAAUAUUUUCAAUUAAACACUGAAAAUAUGAAUUAAUUGAUUUUAGUAAAUGUUAUUAGUUUUUACUGUUAUUAGUCUAUGGAAUUCUCUUUCACACAAAGAAUUGAAAAUUUACGAAGAAGAGGCGAUAUUUUAUUUGAAGAAUCCAGAGAGAAUUUAAAGAACAUCAAUGACGCUGAGCAGGUCAUAAAUUUAAAUGAUAUAUCCCGUUCCCAGGACGUUUUAUUAAACAUAGGUUCUGACGUUUGGCAAAUGAGAAAUGACUCCAGUGGAGUAAAGGGAGUUUUGUGUCCAGAUUAUUUUUGGGCAUCGCCAACAUAUAGAUCUGCCUCAGCCCCUGAUAUGACUUCAGUUGGACGAGUACUUAUAGCAUCAACAAAAAGACAUUCAAGGUCCAUUCUUUUUAGAAGGCCCGUUAAAGAGUGCUAUUGUUGUUACGAUACUAGAAAAGUACAUGGCAGAUCCUCAAAGCCAAAACAUAUUCCUCAGACACAAAAUAAUCAUUUCUCUUGCUGUUGUGACGUGCCAAUCGAAGUAAAUAACCAAACAAACAGUAAAUGUAUUGGUAAGAAUGAACUGAGACUUGAUAAUGGAGAUUAUGUAUCUCCACCAAUCAGUUGUGAGACAUAUAGACGAGUUCAAAAAAUAAAUUAUACACCUAGAUCUUAUUUCCUGCGUAAUGUUCAAAGCAAAGUCACAUCCUUACAUUCUGAUUCGUGUAGACUUCAUUCAGAUACGUGCUUACGAACACUAUGUCAAUCAAUCAACAAACCUGAAUUAGUCACAGAUCGAUACACAGCAGGUUGUUUGUUGUCAGAAGAUUCUCUUGAAAGGACAUUAAAUGAGAAAUCUCAGGAAUCAAAGUCAGUGAUAUGUGAUACAUUAAAACCUUGCAAAAGGGAUAGAAAAGAAAUUUCUACAUCCAAACACUGUAUAUUUGGAAAUAAGGAUACAAAAAUUACUUCUGAAAAAGAACCUUCAUCAAAACAUAGUACAUGGGCGAGUAGAAAUACUAAAGUCUAUUGGCAAAGAGAAGUCCCAACAAGAGGGACAGUUACGAAUAAAGAGCUUAGUUCUGAUAAGUCCUCGACAGUCAAACCUUUAGCAAAGAAAACAAUAGUCUCAAAAAAAUCAUUGACUGACGAAGAAAACUCUUUAAAAAAAAAGAAAUCGGUAUGCUUAUCAGACAUUGAUCAAUCAUAUUGUUGCUGUCGAUUACAUAAAGGACAAAAACAUUGUCCUAAAGAAGCAGAUCGAAUUCAUACAUGCGAUCGAUGUUGUCGUGACAGAUACAAAAAUCAUAUUCCUGACGAAGGGGAAGAGCCACAAGAUGGUUUUGAAAAAGUGAAAGAGUUGAAUAAAUUUCGCGAACAGAAUUAUUUUGAUACUCAUGGUUCUAAUUACACACUGCUGGAUCCUCGAUCUUCUGGAUCUCUUCAAUGUUAUGAAUUGAAUGACAGGCUAUUUCCUGAAUUCUCUGGAAAAGUUCACAGAGAUGACUUAGUUGUAACAAUACCACCUUGUGCUACAAAGCAAAGAAAACGCAUUCAUUAUUUUCCUCGAAGUAUUAUUAAGCAAGAAAAGGAUGUGUAUGUAGAAGGUUACAAAAAGAAAAGGCGUUUUCAUAGCUGUCCCUUAACUGGACAUGCGAUUGAUAUGAAAGAACUUAAAGUGCCACAUCCUUCAGACAGUCUAGCUCUUAAAUACCAAAAAGGUGUUCCAUAAAUGUUUUGAUAUCUUUAUUAAUUUUUACAACAUAAGCAUGGGAUAUUUUAUCUCCCUGAUACAUAUGGAGAAUUUACCAAGGAAUAUAUCUUUUAUAAUAUAUACUUAAUUAACUUAUAAUAGAAGCCCUGCUUACACCGAAGGACACUACCGUAUAUUUCCAUCUUUUGGAUAUAAUAAUUUUACAUUAAUAUAUUCAUUCUUAGAAAUUUAUGAGUAUGCACUACUAUUUAUUAUGCACAUUAUGCGUUAAAGUAUACCAAAUUAUCAGAAAAAAAUGUUUUUCUAAUAAAAUACAAAUUAUGACUGUAUUUUAAUUUAUUAAAUUCUUAGUAAAUGUAAACUAUCUAUAUAAUAAGUGUGAUAUCAGUUUUUAUCGUAAAUAUAUAAAAUGUAUA